GGCUUAGUUCUUCUUGAAUGCUCUGAGCUUUUAUGGGAACAUAUGUGCAGCUUAGAGUUCCUCCUGAUUUAGCCAAAUUCAAUGUAAAAAGAAUAAGUCUCACGUUUGUCCAUAAAAACGAAUUCAAUCAACCUAAAACAACGAAACAAACACAUGCGCAAAUUAAUGUUACCAACAUACGUGCCAUAAUUUUUCAGACCAAUUCCGGGACAUUGAGUUAAAUUGUCCGGGACUUUUGCCGAUUUUCCGGGACAUGUAUAAAAUGAUGCGAUAUUUAUAGACAUAUGCAUAUUUGGUACGUUUUUUUGUUUCGCAUCGUUAAUUGCAAAAGUUCGAAAGCCAAUCCGAAAUACACUUCUAGUAACGUCAAAUUAAACAUUACUACUUCCGUUACUAGAUACAAGCCACGUGUUUUCAGUGUAAGCGUUCUAAACAUAGAUGGUGACGUCACUGUGUUAUUGUUAUUAAGACCGGUGUGUAACGCGAAGUUGUUGAUACGCCUUUAUUAAUUCGUUGUUGGGCUUCAGAUGUGUGAACAACUAUACUCUGCCCUUACGCAGCGGGAAAUAAUGACGUAGUAGAUUAAAGUCAAUUAACAACCACAUUAAACAAUGCCGCCUUUUCUGUUUGACCGCGAACGUGAGACAAUCGAUAUGAUAACAGGGCCCCUGUUAAUUGAUCGAUUUUGACAGGUAGCGUAGUCUGCCUAUUCGGGUAGGCAUUGUCAUGGAGACGCUGCAGAUAUACACAGAGUCGAUGUGCAGUUAAGCCUAAGAUAAGGUGCUGAAAUACUGUUAUAUUAAAUCACUUGCAAUGAGUUCAGUGGAGCCAAUGUCAAGGGUUGGUGUAGCCCUUGAUCUCAUUUUAAAGACACUGAUUGCCUCCCAGGACUUCAACAAUAUACAGAGCAAAAACUGGGAAGCCAUAGCAAAGCUUGUGCCUGGCACAACAGGUGGAAUGGUUGCCAGGCGAUACGAAGAACUGUUAUUCAGUGGGGAGGUGUUUCCCUUUGAAACAUUUGAAAAAUCCAUGAAUGGUCAAGGCAGUUCUAUUUUGCCGAAUAUGUCUGACCCAGAUGCCAUUAAAAGCAGCAGACCAAACUCUGCCUUGAAAUCUAAAGGAACCAAGGAUGACAAGGAAGCUAAUGGGAAAGACAGCGGCGGCGAUUCCAAAUCUUCAGACAAAGGCCCAAUGAUGGUGAUACACGUAUGUGAUGAAGCAAAGAACUUGAAGAAGGACUUCCAGUGUCCCCGUGACCAACUGGUCCAGGAGAUGAAGUAUUUCGCAGAGUACCUGUCAACGGAUGCUCAAAGGUGGGAGGAAGUUGACAUCUCUGUUCACUGCGACGUGCAGAUCUUUGAGUGGCUUAUGCAGUACGUAAAACGGGGUGACCACGCAGAGAAGCCCAAACUUGAGCCCAACAACGUCAUUUCCAUUCUUAUUUCUUCAGAUUUUCUUAAAAUGGAUGCUUUGGUUCAGGAGUGCAUUGAGUAUUGCCAUGGCAACAUGAGUGCCAUUGUUAGCACACCAUGUAACAUGAACUGCAUCAAUGACAAACUGGUAGCCAGGAUUGCUGAUUUGUUCUCUCAUACUGAGGCUGAUGACAUCAAAGACAGAAAAGAUAAGUUUAAAAGUAAACUGUUUGCUAAAAAGUUAGAGAAGUUGUUUGAAAGUGACUUCACCUGUCUAGACUGUCCAGAAAAUGCCUCUACCUUAUUCAGAUGUUCAGUUUGCAAGAGAAUGCUGACCCGGAACCUGGAGACGAGGGUAAAGUGUAUGCCAAGCAGGAUGACAAUUGACAAGCGGGGUCAGCUGACAUUCUGCCAUGUGAAGGAUACAACAUUUGAUAUCAAUCAGUAUCUUAUUGACUUGAAAACACAGCUCAAAUCAUGGAGGGAUGUGUACUGGAGGAUUUGGGGCACGAUCCACUACCAGUCGUGUGGUCGCUGUGGGGAGAUGUUCUCAUGCAUGGACUACGGGCACUGCAAGUACCACCCAGAGGCUCCCCGCUUUGACAAUGAGGCAGCUGAUACUGCCUUUCUUGGCUCCUACCCCUGCUGCCAUCAGAAAUGCCUGAGGUUUGAUCCCACUCAACAGAACAAGGGUUGUAGGGUGCGAGACCAUGUGGUGAACGAGUCACAUGUGAACCCCGUUAGUGACUCCGAUCCCCAACGGCAGCUCAACAAGGUGUAUGACGACUUGCUUUCCCACAGGGACGCUAUUUGUGUCCCAUAUCAAAGACUGACUGAUGCCAGUGAGAUGGAGAUCAACGUGUUUGCCAAUGAGGAGUUUGCCAGCAGGUCAAGGUCGGGGGGCGUGGCCAUAUCCUCUGUGAUAUCGGGCAUCGAGGAUGAAGCACAUGCUUCUGAUACUGCUCGCCCUGUACCGAGGCUGCAGGCACUGACAGUGGACAAGGAGGUCUCGUUUGAUUAUGAUGAUCCUGGCUUUGGUGAGAGCGAUGAUGAGAUUGGCGAUGAUGAACAGCCCAAGGGCACUGCCAAGAAGGGGCGGGGCUUGCGUAGGUCGAGGGUUACUAUUGACCCACAAGCUAUUCUCAUGGAUGCCCCUGGGUUUGAGCAAACGAAGAAAAACACGUGGGAUGUCUCUCGCUCCAUGAGAUAUAACCAGGAUGCUCAGAGGUCAGAAGAUAUGCGUAGAAUGAAGGAAAUACGUGUCUAUCUGACCAAACUGAGACUCAAUCCAGAAAAACUAGAACGCCCAAAAAAGGAACAUAUUGGUGGCGUGUUCUGUCGCCUUGAGUCGCAGUGGAAGACCCAGUACCUGCAGCAGCAAGCCCGCCAGCAGGCCCAGGCCCAGCUCAGACUUAGUCGCAGUAACACUUACCAUACACUGCCUUCAAGAAAAGACAAGCGAGCUUUGUCAGGGGUGUAGACCACACAGGAAUCGCUCAAGACUGACACAGAUCCGUUCUUCCAUAGUCUAAUGAAAGAUGUGAAAGAUACUCACUAUGUGAUACUAAUGACAUACGUGCCGACAGUUCAAAAUCUAGAUUGCUCUCAGUACUAUUUAUCGAAAAUGAACUACAUGUGAACCCACUCAAAACAUGAGCAUAAAUUAUCAAUAUAGAUUUCCAUGCAGUGUAAAUGUAAUUUAUUUAUUUUAUUUUUGUAUAUUGUUGCUUUUAUAUUCAAUGUUUGAUUUA